CCAUAGUGGUGUGGAGCCCAAAACUGGACCUGUUCUUUGCUGGCUUCUAGCUCUCCAUUGUUGGUCUUUUAUGGGUCUUGUCUGCUAAGAAUUUACAGAAAGGCAAAACCAGAGAGAGAGAGAGAGGGAGAGAGGGAAAGAAAGAGAGAGGGAAGAAAGAAGAAGUUUAGUUGGGUUUGGGCCAAUCCUUUCACAUAAGAGAUUUUAUUUUAUUUUUAUCAUUUGGGAAACAAUUUUUUUUUAAAAAAAUUAUUUUUCUUUCUUUUUUGGGUUUUUCUUUUUGAGGGUCUUCUUCUUCUUCUUUUUCUUCUUCUUCUUCUAAAUUAUCUCAUCAUCAUUUUCACUUCACUAUACAGGAGGAAGUCCAGAACAAUCAAAACCCAGCAUGUGUUUUUGUUAAUUCACAUGGUUGAUCUGAUUGAUCCACAGAUCUAACAAUUUUUCAUGCCCGUAUCAUCUCUUGUCUCUUUAUCUCCCCAGAUCCUCUCCUUCUUCAGCUGUAUCUCAAACUAGCCAAUUUCGGAGUGUGUUCUUGCAGUGUUAAAAAGGGAUUCAAUUUGCUAUUGGGGCUUAUUCGGUAAAAGUCGUUUCUAAUGCUUCUUAGAUGUGGAGUAUUUGGAGGGUUAUUUGGAUGAGAUGAGGGAUGUUAUCUGGGUUGAUGAACUUUUUAAGGGCCUGUUUUCGGCCGAGGUCCGACCGAUAUGUACACACAAGUUCGGAAUCCGGGGGUCGACAAGAUGGGCUUUUGUGGUAUAAAGACUCAGGACAACACUUGAAUGGUGAAUUCUCAAUGGCUGUGGUUCAAGCCAACAAUUUACUUGAGGAUCAGAGUCAGCUUGAGUCUGGUUCUUUGAGCACACAUGAGUCUGGUCCUUAUGGUACUUUUGUUGGUGUCUAUGAUGGGCAUGGAGGGCCUGAGACAUCGCGGUAUAUCAAUGAUCACCUCUUUCAACAUCUUAAGCGGUUUGCUUCAGAGCAACAAUCGAUGUCAGUUGAUGUUAUUCGGAAGGCAUAUCAAGCAACAGAAGAGGGUUUUAUGUGUCUUGUUACCAAACAGUGGCCUAUGAAACCACAAAUUGCUGCAGUUGGAUCCUGCUGCUUGGUUGGUGUCAUCUCUAAUGGAACCCUCUAUGUUGCUAACCUUGGUGAUUCGCGUGCUGUUUUGGGCAGAGCUGUUAAAGCGACAGGGGAAGUUAUUGCCAUUCAGUUGUCAGCAGAGCACAAUGUAUGUAUAGAAUCUGUCAGGCAGGAGCUGCAGUCUUUGCACCCUGAUGACUCGCAGAUUGUAGUUCUAAAGCAUAAUGUAUGGCGUGUGAAGGGCCUUAUCCAGGUUUCGAGGUCCAUUGGUGAUGUAUAUUUGAAAAAGGCUGAGUUCAAUAGGGAGCCACUAUAUACCAAGUUUCGCCUCCGUGAACCUUUCAGAAAGCCAAUAUUAAGCUCAGAACCUUCAGUUACGGAGCACCAGCUGCAGCCACAUGAUCAGUUUAUUAUAUUUGCAUCCGAUGGGCUGUGGGAGCACCUAAGCAAUCAGGAAGCAGUUGAUCUUGUUCAAAAUAGUCCACGUAGUGGAAGCGCAAGAAGGCUAGUUAAAGCUGCUCUGCAAGAAGCAGCUAAGAAGAGAGAAAUGAGGUACUCUGACUUGAAGAAGAUUGAUCGUGGUGUUCGCAGGCAUUUCCACGAUGACAUCACAGUAAUCGUAGUGUUCCUAGACUCAAACCUCGUGAGCAGGGCUAGCUCAGUGAAGUCUCCGAAUGUGUCUGUGAGAGGGGGCGGAAUAAACUUACCCCCAAACAUAUUGGCACCUUGCACUACUCCAACAGAAGCCGUUGGCUACUGAUGGACAAGUUAUCUCAUGUUUGGCUGUUGUAUCAUUCUCUUUUGUGUGAAUACCAGGUAGCUUCCAGAAAGAGAUGAAGAAGAGAGAGGCAAAAGUUAUAAAAAAAAAAAAAAAAAAAAAGGAUUAAGUCUCCAAUUCUUUAAUGUACACUGUAACUUUCUUUUUUUUGUUUUUUUAAGAAAAAAAAAACUGGAGAACUAAUACUUGCUGUUUAGCUUCUGUGCCAAAACCAUAUAAGAAGAUCCAGGGGAGUACAAUGAGACAAUUACUAUAUAGUUA